AUAUGACAUUUAAAGUCUUCGGUAGAAAGAGCUAAGCAGGAUAAUAGAGAAUUCUAAUAAAAAUAAACAUACGGCAAUCGUGUGACGCGUUUCGUGUAAUUUUGAUAAAAUUGUCAUUAUUUGAAAUUCAUACAACAAUUUUCGUACUUUUAAAUAAGUGGAUAAUUCACAGGUUCUUUACGCCGGUUCUCAUAAAUUGUACUUCUUAUAAUUGUAUUUAAGCUGCAAGUUAUAUUUUGCAUGUAAUGGGAGAUAGAGACUGGAGACCUUUUAUUUAUGGCGGCCUCGCGUCUAUCGUCGCCGAGUUCGGUACAUUUCCCAUUGACACAACAAAAACUCGCCUGCAAAUCCAGGGUCAGAAGAUAGACCCUCGGCAUGUGGAGCUACGUUACACUGGCAUGGUGGACUGUUUUGUGAAAACUUCACAGCAGGAGGGCAUAAAGGCAUUGUAUUGUGGCAUCUGGCCGGCCGUGCUCCGUCAAGCCACGUACGGCACCAUAAAGUUCGGUACGUACUACUCGCUGAAGAAGGCGCUGGCGGCGCGGCGCGCGGACGGCGGCUCCAAGGAGCACCUCCCCACCAACACGUUCUGCGCGGCCUUCGCGGGCGGACUGUCCAGUGCCAUCGCCAACCCCACGGAUGUGUUGAAAGUGCGGAUGCAGGUGGGCGACGAGAAGCGCAACCUGGUGCGCUGCUUCGCGGAGAUGUACCGCGUGGAGGGCGCGCGCGGGCUGUGGCGCGGCGUGGGCGCCACGUCGCAGCGCGCGGCGCUCAUCGCGGGCGUGGAGCUGCCCGCCUACGACGCGUGCAAGCGCCGCCUCACGCCCGCGCUGGGCGACGCGCCGCUCAACCACCUGCUGUCCAGCCUGCUCGCCAGCCUCGGCAGCGCCGUGGCCAGCACGCCGCUCGACGUCGUUCGGACGCGACUGAUGAACCAAAGAAAGAUGAAAAACAACGUCGUCGAUUCGGGCGUCAGGAUAUAUAAGGGAACGAUAGACUGCUUCGUACAAACGGUUCGCAACGAAGGUUUCCUGGCCCUGUAUAAGGGAUUCGUGCCCACGUGGUUGCGGAUGGGUCCGUGGAACAUCAUAUUCUUCAUCAGCUACGAGCAGCUCAAGCGACUGUACUGAGCUCGCACUGAAUUCGCCGUAAUGCUCGUGAUGUAGGGUGCAGUAUCGGCUGAGGCUGUCCGGGCGCACAUACUGUACAUAAGAUGUAAAUAUGAUGACGGUUAGUUCUUUUGUAGCUGAAUUCUAAUAUUUAUGUUAUCUGAUGCUUUAUAUAGCAUGUAGCGGAAUUAGGCCUUUGAUAGUGUCUAAUUAGUAAAUGUAUAAAUCUCAAUUAGUAUCUCGACUUGGUUGUAAUAGAUCGCUUACACGCUAUCGUCUUCCAACCUGGUAUGUGCUACUUAUAUAGUAGUUAUUGAAUAAUAACGCGACUUUGAUUAUAAUAAUUAUAACGUUUAAAAAAAUACACGAGUUUUACUUUUGCAAAAGUUUUACUUUUGCUUCGUUUUUUGUCUCAUAUUUUACGCGACAUACCGCAUGUCUCACUCGGUACGCUCGUUGUUACAUCGUUGCGUGUGAACGAUCUAUAAAAAAAGUAAUGAAGGGUUUCAUUUUUUAAUUUUAAUAAGUAUAAAUAUUAAUUAUAAAUAGUGCUUAUUAGACAAUGUGUACGGUGUUUAUAUGUGAAGCCAAAUAUUUUUUGCUGACUGACUCGAGUGACUGCCUGACUUUAGCAACUGACUGACAGAUUGACCGAAUGAUAUGUUACGAAAUCUCUUCCUACUAAUUUAACAACUUCCGUUUUUCCAUCAUGCACGCCUCUGAAGCUUCUCGGUGCUGAGAUAGAAUAAUUUGGAUGUUAAAAUUAUUAUAAUAAUUGUUUUAGUUAUAUAUGACGAUACAAGGAGUUUUAGCAGACUUAAACAAUCUUUCAGAGUUUUAAUUUACGCGUUCUGCCAUGAUAAACUAUAAAUGUCCACGAAACCAAGUCUGCCGCCUUAUCUUUUACGGCAGACUAAUUGGAAUAUUUUUGGAGAAUAAUGGGUAAUUUUAAGUUUAAGGUUUUUUUAUGGAAAUACUUUUGGUAUACGAUAUUUUUUUUUGUCAAUAAUCGUGAUUUGUAUGGACAAAUCACCGUCACAACAAAUCACAAAUUUCCAUGGGGAAAUAAAUCGUUUUAAAUUCAAAGCCAGAAUUAGGGAUUGCUCGUCACUGGAGUUGAACCGAUGCUAUUACGGAAAAAAUUUUUUAGACUAAUGCUAAAAUUCAUUAGACUAAUGAAUUUUUUCCGUACUGUCAAAGUUAAAAUCACUAUAUUUUUAAUUAUAUCGAAGUACAAUAUAGGGAAUAUUUGUUAUAAUAAUCGUUUUAUAGAAUAGUAUUUUACUAGAAGAAAACUUUUAUAGCAUCGGUUUAACUCCAGUGACGAGCAAUCCCUUGGUCUCUUGACGAAAGCUUUGACAGUUAUAGAUGUAAGUAAUCAGUGUUCAAUUAACAGAAACUAACCGGCUGACUGACUCCUCUUCAUUCUGGAAAAUUGAGGUUUCCCGAUUUUUGUCGAUUCAAUUUCAUUUUCAAUUUGAUUUGUUUUCAUAAAUAAUCUUUUAAUUCGUUAUUUAUUUUUUAAUGAUUAAUUAACUUUUGACAUACCUUUAUGAUUGUAUUAAAACUUUGUUUAAUUAGAGUAAGUUAAGGAUAACUGUGGAACAUAUCAUGCUUACGAGAUUAAGGCACCAAGUGCAUUUAGACAGUGUUUCCUAUUAAUGUAAGGCAGAGAUUUUCAUCAAGAAAGCAGGUCUUCCGAUCGAUUUCGUCAUCCUUGCGAUUUCUUUGAACUCAAUCAAAGUCGUAUAUCUGAUUCCAUAUUGUAUUUGUAAAAAAUAUUUAGACUUAUAAAAAAAGCAACGAAAUUAAAUUGAAAAAAAAAAUGUUUAAAGUUUUUCUUAAAAGUAAAUCGAUAUUAUUAUAACUAUAUCUGCUUUUAAAAUUCAAAUAACAAAUAUAAUACUACUAAUAGAAAAAAAUUGCCAAAUGAACCGUUUGUGACUGGCAUUUAAUAAAAAAUAUAUGCAUUCUUUUUUUACAAUUUUUUGCUUUUACAUAAUGUAGUUUAUUGAGUGACUACUGUUAGGUGUUAUCUGUAUUUCUGGGACCCCUUGGUAAGGUAUAACGGGGGAAAAUAGAAGAAGUAGCACAAAUAUUUGAAUUCGAAAUGUAUUCGUAACAAAUUCUUCUAUAAUUAAUAUUAUUGGCUCGAAAUGUUGGAAAGAUAAGACCUUUUGAAACUGUGUGACGUUAGGAAUUACAAGUAGUGUCAGAAAAACAAUAUGGUAAAUUUAAUGAUCGUAGGUUCAAACCCGGGCAAGCACCACUAAAUUUUCAUGUGCUCAAUUUGUAUUUAUAAUUCAUCUCGUGCUUGACGGUUAAGAAACACAUCAUGAGGACACCUGCAUGUGUCUAAUUUCACUGAAAUCUGCCACAUGUGUAUUCCACCAACCCGCAUUGAGCAGCGUGUUGGAAUAAGCUCCAAACCUUCUUCUCAAAAAGGAAAGGAAGCCUUAGCUCAGCAGUGGGACAUUCAUAGGCUGUUACUAUACCACUACUAUACUAAAUUUAAUCAAAUAUAAAACAAGAUAUAUUAAACGAAUAAUGGUUGAAAUGAGAACAAGGUAUACAUAACAAAAAAAUGUAUAAAGUUUUAACAAACAUGUACGUGUCAAUAGCAAUGUAUACUUUAUGCUCUUAGUACCACAAUUAAAAUCAUUAACAAACAUUUAUAUCUCAAUUUCAUCUCAAUAUUUGACUCCACUCAUAAAACACAUUUUAAAACGGUACACCAGUCUACGCUCGUAAGCACUUCCCAAAUAACGCUUCUUAUAUCGUCUCGCAAUGAUUUAUAGUACAUAAAUUAAUAUAGAUAAAAAAAUCCCAAUGGUUUAGCGAAUGGUACUUAAACGCGUCAGUUGAUGUCAUGUUGGGUUCCAUUUCGAAAGGUCCUAUCCACACAGCAGUUAGUAAGGGUAAUAUAACAUUAGGUUUAAUAUUACUUAAGUAUUUAACAGAAGAAAAUACGGCUUGCAUUUCAUUAAUUUCAAUAUCGGAAGUAAUUAUUUUGUGGAAUUUGUUAAUUGCUAUACUUGUAUAUCAUUGAUUAAUAUGCAUUUACGCACUGUCCAUAUUAAUUCAAUUUGAACAAAAUGUAAACAAAAAAAAAAUGUUUUUAUUGAAUAAAACGGACUGUAUGAUAAUUUAGCUCUUAAAUACUGAGUUACUCAGUAAUACUUCUUCUAGAUGUUUUUUACUAGAAGAUUUUACAUUUAAAUCAAAAAUGUCAUUUUUUUCCUAAUGUAUAUAAUAAUCCUUGUUAAAUAACGUUCGCUUAGUAAUCUGCCAACUUGUAUUUAACAUAAAUAAAUGUAUUCUCUGAGAUCGGUUUUACGGUUUUUUUUCUAUUUGUGGUGUUUUAGAAAUGGCGCGUCCCUUAUCCAGUAGAACAGCGAAUUUGAGUUAAAAUAUUCCGUAUUUUGGAAUAUUUCUUGCUUCUCAUCUGACUUUAUUUUUAUAUGUAUAAGUAGAUCCAAAGGCCAAAUAUUCUUUUAUAAUAUAUUACUCGAUAGAAAAUGUUUUCAUAAAAUACCCUCAAAUAAUUGUCUAUAAUUAAGGUAAUAUAGAAAACUCCGUGCUACAUAGUAUAAGUAUGUGUUGAAAACACGCUGUGACUGUAAAUAUGUGUAGGUACAAAUUUAGCUAAAUUUAUAAUCGAAUAAAUAUUAUUCUGGUGUUGA